CAAAGCAACAGAAACGCAUAACAUAAAAAAAAACUCUGAAGAAACGCUCGGUGUAGAGAGAGAGAGAGAGGUUUUCGGUUUCUUCGCUUGUCACAAGAAAAAUGGAUUUGACGGAUAGACAAGAAACAGAUAUCUGUAUGGACAAGGAGCCAGACGGUGUGAUAGUUUACGCUAAUGGUGACCCGAAUGAUCCAACCCCGGUAGUUUCCGACCCUUCCCUUGAUUCAGAAUCACACGAGAAUGCCAACGGGAAUCCGGAACCCCAUUAUACUGAAGAGAACUCUGAAGGAAAUGAAUACGAUGUGAAAGAAUGCACUAACGAAGUUCCAGUCGGUAUGGUUUUGGAAGACAGCAAUACCGAGAAAAUUACCCCGGAAAAGGGAAAUGGCUGUUCCAAGUCUGUGAUUAAGGCCAAUGAAUACGGUUCUGAUGCUAAUAAGGCAAAGUUAUCUGCGAAAGAUGGAUCAAAACCAGGCUGCAGAAUUAACAAAACGAAGCAGCACACUGUUCCACAGCCAUUUGCUUUAGCAACCGAGAAGCGGGCUUCAUCUGGGAUCCGCUCAUUUACUGCCGAUGGAUUGAAAAAGUCCUCAAAUGGGUACAGUAAAGUUCAAAAUCAGGUUUCAAAAAUGCAGAGGAAGCCAUUGCAGCCGAAAAACAAGAAGCAUUCUGAUGAAGAAGAUUCUUGUUCCGUUGCAUCUUAUGCCACAUCGGUUGCACGAACUGUUAAGUCAAGACCUACAGUUGCAUCAGCACCCGUGUUUCGUUCCACUGAGCGGGCAGAGAAGAGGAAGGAGUUCUAUACUAAACUGGAGGAGAAACAACAAGCUUUGGAGGCUGAGAGGACGCAGAGUGAAGCAAGAAACAAGGAAGAAAGAGAGGCGGCUAUAAGGCAACUAAGGAAGAGUUUGAUGUUCAAAGCUAGCCCGAUGCCAAGCUUCUACCAUGAAGGGCCUCCUCCCAAGGCUGAACUUAGGAAGCCACCUCCUACUCGGGCAAAGUCACCGAAGCUUGGACGGAGGAAAUGCAGUGGCGAAGGCCUGAACCCGAGCGACAAAGGAAACAAGGCGAAAGGAGCUCGUCAGCCCGGAAACUGGCAGAGUCUAGAUAACUUCCAGACCGCCGAAGAUGAGCAUUCCGACCAGACAGAUGGGUUUGUCUCUGUUGAGAUAAACCAGCAUUGUGAACCAGAGAUUGGUUCAUCCUGCUGAUAUUUCCGACCCUGAAUCUUCUCAUCUUCUUCAUGGCAUGGUAUGUUCCUUGAAGCGAAAUGUUCAUCCAUUGUCCUAAGGGUUGUGUGUGUGGUUUUUUAACUUAUGUUUUUUUUGAAGUGUAAAUGUCUGUAAUUUAAUAAUUGUGAUGUUUGUCCUCAAAAAGUUUUCUUGCCGAACUUGAUAUACGAAUAUCUUUAUAAAAUGUUUAUUUGUGAGGAUA